GGGUAUGGGCUAACAUCCCUCUGCCUUAAACUUAAAAGUUUAUCACUCGUUUUCAGGUAUCACUUUUUAAAAAAUCGAUUUUCAACAAUGUUCAUUCAACGAGCAAGUUUAUUGUUUCAAUAAUGGUUUUAUAACUUUUAGACGUUUUAAAUAAUAUCAGACGUGCCUCAUUUUUAAUAGUUUUUGUGGUGGUUAUUGUUAAAAUGAGUUUAGUGGGUAAAAAGUGUGAAUCGAUAACUUUACUUGAAUCAAAUAAAGGUGACAAUAUUUCAAGUAAAAUAACACCAGAUGAUGUUUUGCGCUUGGAGAAAAUCACUGAUACAUAUCUCUGUAGUCCCGAAGCAAACGUAUACGACAUAGAUUUUACAAGAUUCAAAAUUCGAGACUUAGAAACUGGAACUGUCUUGUUUGAAAUUGCAAAGCCUCCCACAGAUUUUGGAGUUGAAAACGAUGGAACGGAAGAAGCUCAGGAAGAACCUCUAGAUCCCAAUGCAGGUAGAUUUGUACGAUACCAGUUUACUCCACAAUUUCUGAAACUGAAAACGGUUGGUGCUACUGUCGAGUUUACUGUUGGAGCUCGUCCUGUGAAUCACUUUCGUAUGAUUGAGAAGCAUUUCUUUAGAGAUAGGUUGCUCAAGACUUUCGAUUUUGAGUUUGGAUUCUGCAUACCAUUUUCGAGGAACACAUGUGAACACAUAUAUGAAUUUCCCUCAUUACCUAUCGAUUUAGUUGAGGAGAUGAUAGCUGCUCCGUUUGAAACAUGCUCUGACAGCUUCUAUUUUGUGGACAACCAACUGGUAAUGCACAAUAAAGCUGAUUACGCAUACAAUGGUGGUAUAAAUAACUAAAUUUUAAUAACACUUUUUUUAUUAAAUUAUUUGGAGCACUACAAACGAGCAAUUUGUGUGAGUUAUUUGUAAAUUAUGUUUAGACUGGAGGAUUUAUUGAAUAAUAUUUAAUUAAGUUUGGGAAUGAUUUUUGUUUAGCAUAUUGCAAUUUUAGC